GAAAAAGAAAUCCUUCCAUCGUUCUCCUCCCCACCUCUCUCUAUUCAUUUUAGGGAUCUCUUGCUCUCUCUUCACUCUCUGCAACUCUCUUCUUUGUCUUAACGAAGAAGAUAUACUCACUAUCUCUCACACACACGCACACACUUUCUCUCUCUCUCUCUCUAUACGUAUAGAUACUCACAUUGUUACUUUCUCUCUCUAGAACACCUUCUCUCUCACUCACACAGCAUAAAAAUAUUGGAACAAUGUCAUUCACUUUACUAACUAAUCACCAUGUGAGGUUCUGACAACUCCCUCUCUCUCUCCCUCUCUCUCUCUAGCUCUCUCUUUCAUAUACUUGUAUCUCACUUGAUAUUUGGCGGAUUCCAAUUGGUUCUUUAAUUUGAGAGCUGGAUCGGUAAAUGGCAACUUCUUCAUCAAGAGGAAGAAGUAGUUCACCUUUCCACCACCGGAAGCCAUCAACUCCUUUCUCUUCCUCUUCAUCAACGUCUUCUUUUAAUAAGCAGCUCAUUCCUCGCUCCUGCUCCUCUUCCGCAACUACGUCGUUCUACGGGGCUUCUGGUAACGGUUACGGUUCCAGAUCCAUUACUCCUGGUGUGGCUAGGUCGGAUUCGAUGUAUUCCAAAGGAGGUUACGGAGGCCGGUCACCGGUCGGUUUUCCGUCUGCUGAUGAGCUUAUUGGAGAGCCGGUUGAUGGUAUGCCGAGAUCGGGAGGAGGUGAUAGCAUUUCUGUAACGAUUCGGUUUCGGCCAUUGAGUGAACGAGAGUAUCAGAGAGGAGACGAGAUUUCUUGGUACGCUGACGGAGAUAAGCUUGUUCGAAACGAGUACAAUCCAGUGACCUCCUAUGCAUUUGAUAGAGUUUUUGGACCCUCUGCUGUCACUCAGGAAGUGUAUGAAGUAGCUGCUCGACCUGUUGUGAAGAAUGCUAUGGAAGGAGUAAACGGCACUGUCUUUGCUUAUGGUGUUACAAGUAGUGGGAAGACACAUACAAUGCACGGUGAUCACCAUUCUCCUGGAAUAAUACCACUGGCGAUAAAGGAUGUUUUCAGCAUUAUUCAGGAUACUCCAGGAAGGGAGUUCUUGUUGCGAGUAUCAUAUCUUGAGAUCUACAAUGAGGUCAUCAAUGAUUUGCUCGAUCCAACUGGACAAAAUCUGCGUGUUCGAGAAGAUGCACAGGGUACAUACGUUGAGGGUAUAAAGGAAGAGGUUGUUUUAUCCCCUGGGCAUGCCCUUUCUUUUAUUGCUGCUGGUGAAGAACAUCGCCAUGUUGGUUCUAAUAAUUUUAAUCUGCUUAGUAGCCGUAGUCACACAAUAUUUACUCUGAUGAUUGAAAGCAGUGCCCAUGGUGAUGAGUAUGAUGGAGUAAUAUUUUCUCAACUUAAUCUAAUUGAUCUUGCGGGAUCAGAAAGCUCAAAAACUGAAACAACUGGAUUGAGGAGAAAGGAAGGAUCUUACAUUAACAAAAGUCUUCUAACCCUUGGAACUGUAAUUGGGAAGCUUAGUGAGGGGAAGGCUUCUCAUGUUCCAUAUAGAGAUUCCAAGCUUACUCGCCUACUACAGUCCUCAUUGAGUGGCCAUGGACAUGUUUCACUUAUCUGCACCAUAACUCCAGCUUCUAGUAACAUGGAGGAGACACACAAUACAUUAAAAUUUGCAAGCAGGGCAAAGCGUGUUGAAAUCUAUGCUUCUCGGAACAAGAUUAUUGAUGAGAAGUCUUUGAUUAAGAAGUACCAAAGAGAAAUAUCAGUUCUCAAACAAGAGCUUGAUCAGUUAAGACGUGGGAUGCUUGUAGGUGUUAAUCCCGAAGAGAUAAUGACCUUAAAACAAAAGUUAGAAGAAGGACAAGUAAAGAUGCAGUCACGCUUGGAGGAAGAGGAAGAAGCUAAAGCAGCUUUAAUGAGUAGAAUUCAAAGGCUCACGAAACUAAUACUUGUUUCUUCAAAAAACACAAUUCCUGGGUUAACUCAUCAAAGGAGUUUCUCUGCCAAUGAGGAGGAUAAUAGUUCUCUGCUAUUGCAAAGUGAUAAUCUGAAUGAUACUCCAUCAGAAAUGUCUCAUGAACUCAAACACAGAAGAAAUUCCAGUAACUUAUCAGCUGCAGGUAGCACUAUCACUGAGUCAACUCAAGUGGGUGACCUUGCUGGUGGUGGGAAACUGGGUGUAAUCUCGAUAGAUCAGAUGGAUCUUUUAGUGGAGCAAGUUAAAAUGCUUGCAGGAGAGAUAGCAUUCAGUUCAAGUACAAUGAAGCGUUUACUGGAACAGUCUGCAAAUGAUCCCGAAAGCUCAAAAACUCAAAUAGAAAAUUUGGAACGUGAAAUUGAAGAAAAGAGAAGGCAAAUGAGGGUCUUGGAGAAACAGAUUAUUGAAAGUAACGAAGCUUCAAUUUCUAAUACAUCAUUGGCUGAUAUGCAGCAGACAAUGAUGAGAUUGAUGACACAAUGUGAUGAAAAGGGUUUUGAGUUAGAGAUAAAGUCAGCAGACAAUCGCAUCCUCCAGGAACAAUUGCAGACCAAGUGUAUAGAAAAUAAAGAACUGCAAGAGAGAAUCACACUGCUGGAACAACAACUGGCUGCAGCCAAUAGUGAGAAAUCCCAGUCAUCAUCUGGACAGAAUGUAUCUGAAGAAUACAUCAACGAGUUAAGAAAGAAAAUUCAGAUGCAGGAGGUAAAGAAUGAGAAACUAAAACUGGAGCACAUUCAUAUAGUAGAAGAAAACAGUGGAUUAUCAGUACAAAACCAAAAGCUAUCAGAAGAAGCAUCUUACGCAAAAGAACUAGCAUCUGCUGCAGCUGUUGAACUAAAAAAUCUAGCUGGUGAAGUCACCAAACUCUCGCUACAAAAUGCAAAACUUGAAAAAGAAUUAGUCACAGCUCGUAGUAAUAACCGAAAAUAUAACAAUGACACCACCACAAAAUCCGGUCGAAACGGAAACGGACGGUCGUUAUCUGGUCGGGUCAAUGACUUUGACCUUGACCCAGAAGAUCUGAGAAGGGAACUAAAUGUAAGGAAACAAAGGGAAGCAAGCCUUGAAGCUGCUUUGGCUGAAAAGGAAAUCAUAGAAGAUGAAUAUAGGAAAAAAGUUGAGGAGUUGAAGAAGAAAGAAGGGGCGUUGGAGAAUGAUCUGGCGAAUAUGUGGGUUCUUGUUGCUCAGUUGAAACGAGAAGCAGGAGUAGGAGGAGGACAAGUUGUUACUGAUGCUAAUGUUAAUAGUGAGAGAAAUGAAAAUGUGAAUGAAGUAAGAAUGGAAAAUGGUGAUUUCAAUAAUCAGGUUCUUAAAGAAAGGCAAGUUUUGGAUGUUGUGAAUGAUGUGCCAAAGGAAGAGCCCCUUGUUGCUCGUUUGAAGGCUCGAAUGCAAGAGAUGAAGGAGAAAGAGCUAAAUUACAAUAAUGGAAAUGGUGAUGCGAAUUCUCAUGUAUGUAAAGUAUGUUUCGAAUCACCAACUACAACUAUGCUUCUUCCUUGCCGCCAUUUUAGCUUGUGUAAAUCUUGUUCAGUUGCGUGUUCCGAGUGUCCAAUUUGCCGUGCCAAGAUUGCUGAUAGAAUUUUUGCUUUCACAUCUUGAUAUUUGCAUUUUACCCCCCUCCCCUCCCUCCAAGAUUUGUGAUAAUAUUCACCCUCACCCUCACCCUCACCUGCUGCCUGGUUAUAUUUUGUGUUGCUUAGUGGGUGUCAUUCUUUAAUUGGUCAAGCUGUAUGUAAACUACUACUACUACUACUAGUGUUGAAAAAGGUAUACUACUGCUCUAUUCUCUUUUCCAAAUGGAUUGUAAAAUUAGAAUAUCUUCUUAAAUAGAAACUAACGGAGGUCAAACCUUUGACCUUUUGUCAUAUAUAAUACAUUAGUUGGUUGUACUGCCAAUUCCUUUUUUCCCACCCUUCCCCUCCACAAUUAUUACUCUAGCUUUUACUCUUUUUAUUUUAUUUUUUUAGCUUCUCUUUUUGGUUGGUUUGUGUAGUAGGUUGCAGAGGAAUGUUUGUUUCAUAUAAAUGUACUUUGUUAUAUAGUCUGUAUUUUUUAUGCAAAAGUAAAAAUGCAUC